CUGAAGUGGAGGCUUAUUCUUUUCAAGGUCAUCAACUGCCAACUUAUGGCAGAUAUAGCCUUCGAUCAUAUAACUCAGGAGGUUAGGGGUACUGUAUAUCCGGGUAAGCUUAGACUCAAAGAAGAUGAGUUUAUGUAUAAAAAUGAAAAGACUGGAAAGGUGGAUCACUUCUACCGGUCAGAUAUAGAGUCAGCCCAGUGGAUAGUCCGUGCGACUGGUUUAGGAUUAAGCAUAAAGUUAAAAAAUAACUCUUUGCAUCGGUAUGAUGGCUUUGGUGAAAUCGAAGCGGAAAAGGUCGGGAGCUUUUUCAAGAAGUAUUUUGACAUUGAAAUUGUAAAGCGUGAAUUGUGCUACAAAGGCUACAAUUGGGGAGACGUUGAUUUCGAUGGCGAUGUUCUCGAGUUUUCAGUUAAAAACGCUAUGGCUUUUGAGGUUCCUCUAAGCAAUGUCGCAAAUGCCGUUUUGAAUAAAAACGAGAUUAUUUUUGAAUUUCAUCUAAAUGAUGAAGCUGAGGUUUGCUUAUCUGAAAUGCGUCUGUACACUCCGGGAACUGAAGCUGAUAGGGAAGGCAAAGCCCCUUCUAUUUAUUCCAAGGUUACUCAAAAGGCAGAUAUUAUUCAGGUUACGGGAGAUUUCUUGGUCGAAUUCAAACAGUUGCAAUGUCUUCAACCUCGUGGCCGUUAUGAUGUUAAAUUAUAUCCAAGUUUUAUCCACUUACAUGGCAAGUCUUACGACUUUAAAGUCCCAAAAAAUACUAUUACUCGGUUGAUGGUGCUUCCUCAUCCCGAUAAUCGACAGAUAUUCUUUGCUGUUCAACUUGAUCCACCAAUCAAACAUGGUCAAACCAGAUAUCAUUUUGUAAUUUCCCUUUUCGACAAGGAUUCGCACAUAAACUUAGAGAUGGCUGCGACAGAAGACUGGCUUCAGGAGCAGUUCAAUGGAAAAUUAAAUCGAAAUAUUUCAGGACCUGAAUAUGAAGUUGUAGCUCGCGUGUUUAAGGUUCUAUUUGAUCAGAAAGUUACAGUCCCAGGAAGCUUCUCUGCAAAAGGCGGUGGUUGUGCAGUUGCAUGCAGUUAUAAAGCGUCUGUUGGUUUGUUGUAUCCCUUAGAGAGAGGCUUUACAUUCGUCCCUCGUCCUCCAAUUUCUAUACGUUUCGACGAAAUAAUAGCUGUACAAUUUUCCCGUGGUACGGGCGCUCAAAGAUCUUUUGAUUUUGAGGUGGAAACUCGUAAUGGUUUAACGCAUACAUUCACUUCUAUCGAAAGAGAUGAAUAUCAUCAUUUGUAUGAUUUUGUAACUGCUAAAAAACUUCGUGUUAAAAAUAUCAGUUCAGAAAACAAAACUACUAAUCCUGGUGAUGACGUUUGGUCAUCAUCUGAUGAAUCACAUGAUGCUUACAUGGAGAAGGUAAAGACAGAAGCUCGAGAACGAACAACUGAAAUGGAUGAUGACGAUGACGACGAUGAAGAUGAUGAAGAUUUCAAACCACCGGAAUCUGAUGGUUCUGAACUUGCAGAAGAAUAUGAUAGUAAUGUUCAAACAACUACAAGUGAAGAUGAAUCUGGAGACAACGAUGAUGAUGAUGAUGGUGAUGAUUCAGAAGAGAACAAAAGUAAUACUAGCAGUAAGAAUACUUCUACACACAAGAAAAAAGAUAAACGAGACAAUGAUAGUGAUGGAGAUAAAGACAGCUUGUCAAGUGUAAGCAGUACUAGUGAACCUAAAGCAAAACAAAAAAAAUUGAAAGAAGAACCAAAGAAAGCAACAACUAAAUCUCGUAAAGAUGAAACAAAACGACAAACAACAAAAAAACAAAAAAAACCUAAAGAUCCUAAUGCACCAACUCGUCCACUUUCUGCAUAUUUCUUAUGGUUUAAUGAGAAUAGAGAAAAAAUUGCCAAAAAUUUAAAUGGACAAAAUUCUGUUGCUGAAGUAGCUAAAGCUGCUGGAGAGAUUUGGCGAAAUAUGGAUAGUACAGUUAAAUCAAGUUAUCAAUCAAGAGUUGAUGAAUUAAAAAAGAAAUAUCAAGAAGAUUUACGUAUAUAUCAAUCAAAUUUAGCAUCUUCUAAAGAACCAGAUUUAUCACCAGAUUCUAGUAGUUAAGUCCACAAAUAAUUAAUUAAUUCUUGUGUAAUAAAAUAUCAAUUUAUUAUUGUUUUAAUAUACUAUGUACACUACAUAUAUAUACCAUUUCUUAUUAUUUUGUUAUUAGACUGAAUGAAUCAAUUUACUUUAAUAUUUUAUGUAGAGAUUUCUAAGAACUCUCGCCCAUAAAAGGAUUAACAAUCAUUUGGUUAUAUUAGAUACAUAGCCUGGUGCUGUUGUAACGGGAAAAAAAUAUUUUUGCAUAUUCAGCAUAUAAUAGGAUAAUACUAUAACUUGAUACGUUAUAUCCAACUAUAGAAAUUACGAUCAAUAAUUGAAAAUUAGCUAACAGACCAGAAAAUCAUUUGUUUAACAUAGAUGCUAGCCGUUCACACAAAGUUUAGUCCACAAUUAAGUUAGUAGAAAUAAAUCAUAGAAACGAAUACACAACACUAAGUAAUGUCACAACAUUUAGAAAAAGUGGAUGGAUUAUGUCUUCAUUUAAUGCUUAGUCACAUCUUACUUUCGCUGGUUACACAUUAGAUACAAAUCGUACGUCUUCCCAAAACACCAAAUAAGAUCAGUAUAAUAAAAACAAAUUAUCAAGAUGAAUGGUGAAGCAGUCGAAAUAAUAUACCACCAAUGAUAGUGAGCAAGACUAAAUAGUAAAGAAUACAGUUCAGAAACUAACAACGAAAACGUAUGCAUGAAGAAGUACUGGGACUCAUGGAUUGGCAAAGGCAGGAGUUCUGGAUAUUCACAUAUGAUCUCUGUCGUUUCUUCCAAGGGGAUAUUUGUGAAGAGAGAUGAGACGUCAAAUGAGACCAUGAAUUUAUCAGAAGCAUUAAGGUUAUCAAGCUUUUGUACAGAUUAAAGCUAUCUUUCAAACUGUAGGGUGCUAGUUUCAUGCUGAUUGGUUUUAAGCACCUGGUCAGCCAGCGGGCAAGUUUAUGAAAGGG